CAUGCCCCGCCCCGCCCGGCGCCGCCCGGCCAGCCUACGCCGGCGCCCUUAAGUCCGCGGGGGACCCAGGGCCGCAGCGAUGGCAGGGCCGACGGGAGCAGCGCCAGAGGCCGCCGGGGGCGCUCCGCGAGGCCCCCGCGCCUACGCGCGCCGCUGGGUCUUCCUGCUGGUGGUCAGCUUGCUGAGCUGCUCCAACGCCACGCUGUGGCUCAGCUUCGCCCCCGUGGCAGACGUCGUUGGCCAGCACUUCCUCCUGUCCGUGGCACAGGUCAACUGGCUCUCGCUCAUCUACCUGGUGGUCUCCAUCCCAUUUGGCAUCUUGGCCAUCUGGGUCCUAGACUCGGUGGGGCUCCGAGGGGCGGUGAGUCAGACCCCACACCGUGACCCGCCUGAGACCAUCCUGGGUGCAUGGCUGAACUUUGCUGGGAGUGUGCUCCGCGCCCUGCCCGGGGCGGCUCCCUGGAUCCUCAACCCAUUUGCCUUCCUCCUGGGUGGCCAGAGCCUCUGUGCUCUGGCCCAGACCCUGGUCAUCUUCUCUCCAGCCAAGCUGGCCGCCUUGUGGUUCCCAGAGCACCAGCGAGCCACAGCCAACAUGAUCGCCACCAUGUCAAACCCCCUGGGCAUCCUCGUGGCCAGUGUGCUGUCGCCUGCCCUGGUCAGGAAGGGAGAAGGCAUCCCCCUAAUGCUUGGAGUCUACACCAUCCCCGCAGGCCUUGCCUGCCUCCUGGCCACUGUCUGCCUCGGGGAGAGUGUACCCCCCACCCCACCUUCUGUGGGGGCUGCCAGCUCCACCUCAGAGAACUUCCUCCAGGGGCUCAAGCUGCUUCUGCGGAACAAGGCCUACGUCGUCCUGGCUGUGUGCUUUGGGGGUGGCAUCGGGGUCUUCUCCAGCUUCUCGGCUCUUCUGGAGCAGAUCCUCUGUGCCAACGGCUACUCCAAUGAGUUCUCCGGCCUCUGUGGGGCUCUCUUCAUCGUGUUUGGGAUCCUGGGGGCACUGGUUCUUGGCCUGUACGUGGAUCGGACCAAGCACUUCACUGAGGCCACCAAGAUAGGUCUCUGCCUGGCUUCCAUGGCCUGUGUGGCCUUCGCCCUGGUGUCCCGGCUGCAGGGCCAGGCCCUUGCAGUGGCCGCCAUCUGCUCCCUGUUUGGGUUCUUCGGCUUCUCCGUGGCACCCGUGGCCAUGGAGCUGGCGGUUGAGUGUGCCUUUCCUGUGGGUGAGGGUGCAGCCGCGGGCCUGGUCUUCGUGCUGGGGCAGGCUGAGGGUGUGCUCAUCAUGGUCCUGCUGACAGCACUGACCACACGGUCGGCAGAUCCGUCUGUCUCCACCUGUCAGCAUGGUGAGGACCCGCUGGACUGGACGGUGUCCCUGCUGCUGAUGGCCAGCCUGUGUACCCUCUUCACCUGUGUCUUGGUGCUCUUCUUCCACACCCCGUACCGGCGCCUGCAGGUUGAGUCUGCAGGACCCCCGCUACCCUGGACAUGUGCCCCAGAGCCGAGUGCCACAAGCCCAGUUCUGGCCCCAGCGCAUGAGGCUCCAGGCUCAGCUCCCCCAGCUCAGAGGCUGCAGGAAGCUCUUGGCCCUGCCUCCUGCCUUCAGGAGCCCCAAGGACUCACGGAGACUGUGACCAGGGGUGUCUCAUGAAGGGAUGGGGAGAGGCAGUCACUGGUCACUGAGGCUGUGACCACAGGCUCAGGGUUCUCACCCAGGGCAUGGCAGGAUAGCGCUAUGGCCCCUGGGCAGAUUGUAUGGCUGUAGCAAGAACAGCUGCUACUGUGCGGACACCAGCCAGGGAGGACAGCCCAACGCAGGGCAGUGUGGGUCAGAGGGGUGGCCUGGUACAGCAGCAGGGGCUGAGGGGGAGCUGGGUAAUGGGGUCCUGAGGGCCACAGUAUGGAGUGGCCCUGGAGUGGACAGGUGUGGGCACCUGCUAGGAGGAGCCAAUUCCUGAGCUCACUAUGCUCACCUCUGCUCACUAUGGGGUGACUGUACGCUGAGCCUGGUUACAGGACAGGUGGGCAGGCUGCCAGCAGAGGGGCCCCAGGCCAAAGCAGAGACAACUGGGCAGACACUGGCAGGCAGGUGUGUGGGUCCAUGUUUAUUGAACUGCCACAGCCUGGCGGGAGCAGCCUCACUCCUUCUCCUCCCCGUGGGUGAGCACGUAGCUCAGCGCCUUAUAGUCCAGGUUGCCUGCUGCAUCGAUGGAGGCGAACUCCAGCAUCUGGUCCACCUGCGUGCAAGCGGUUGGUGGGUUCGGGGGCCAGACCCCGUGGAAGUGGGCAGUGAGAGGUCCCCAGGCCUCAGCUGCCCAGACGCUCUGAAUUACAGGUGCUGAACUCCAGGGGCUCCUAG